AUGUUGAUGCGAUGAGAACUUGAACUUGAAGUAAAGUAGAACUCUCUGAAAGUCAGUGUGCUAUUCCCCCUUGAAGUUAGCCUUUUACGAAGAUGGAAGUGGACAUGGAAUCCCAGCCCGUUCACUAUACCGUGGUUGGCUCAGAGAAAGGCACUUUGAAAGAGCCGGACUGGAAUGGAGGAUCAUUUAAAAACUUGAGUGAAAUUGAUUUGGAUUGGUCGAAGGGGACCGUGCAUUUGUCUUGGAACAACGAAGAAGAAUCUGAGAUACUCGUGGGCAGAUUGUCAGGCGCACUUGAAGUGUUCUCCUUGUCUGAGAACAAGAUACUACGACAUGGUGUGUGCUCUGCCGCUGUCUCCGAAGCAGCCACUCAGGAGGGAAUAGCGCGACUUGACAGGUCGUGUGUGUCUGGAUUCAGCGAUGGAACAGUAUCAUGUUGGAGGUGGAAUGAUGAUGACCAGUGCGAGGUGACUAGUACGGUAUCAACUGGGUCAUCAUUAUCAUGCAUUCACAGCGACAUCUCCCAAAGACAUGAGGUAGCCACUGGAGGCAAAGAGAGCAACGUGAAACUGUGGGAUGCAGAGCGAAUGGAGAAUCCCGUAUUUUCAGCAAAAAAUCUUCCGCACGAUUUCCUGGACCUGCAAGUUCCUGUUUGGGUUCAGUGCUUGACCUAUCCUGAUAGUGCACUGAUUGCAGCUGGAACGGCGUAUCAUGAAGUUCAGUUGUUUGAUCCUCGCAGCAAGCGUCGGCCUGUGACCCGCUAUGAGUGGGGAGAACACCCGAUCAAGGCCAUUACUACUGUACCAGACAAGAGCCAGCUAAUCGUUUCCAAUACUAUUGGUGACAUGGCUCUACUCGAACUUCGCUCAGGGAAGCUACUUGGUCAAUUCCGUGGAUCGUGCGGCAGUAUUGGGUUUCUACAGUGUCACAAGACACAGCCGCUGGUCUUGUCCUGUAGCCUGGACCGAUACGUUCGUCUUCACCACACUGUCACCAGGCGACUUGUCAAGGAGGUCUAUGUCAAGCAAAGAAUAUGUACCGGUCUCCUUCCAAGCUCUGAAGUAGUGUCCCUUGCCACAAGUCUCAAGAGACCCCGUGUUGUGCCUGCUGCUGAGAGCCGUGACAGCAGCCAUGAUCAAAGUGAUGAGGAAGGCGAGGAUGUUUGGGAGGAAUUGGAACAGGCUUCGGCAAAGAACAUCAAAGCUGAAGAAGAGUGCGAAGCUGUUGCAGACGGUACCGAGGAAGUUGUUAGCCCCACUCUUCCUCUUAUGGCCGCUAAAAAGAAGCUGAAAAAGAAAGUGCCAUCAUCUGAUGACAGUCCCCAGAGGAAGAAGAAGAGGAAGAAUCCACGCCGGAGGAAUGACGACGAGUAGUCUCUAAAAAGAAGCUGAAAAAGAUAUCACCGAGACUGUAAAAUGAUAGGUUUGGCUACUGUCAAUAGAUGAAGCGCACGACUGUGUAUUUGCGGUAGAAAGUGCAAUACAAUGUAACAAUGCAGUUAUGAAUUCGCUUUAUAGUAGUACCGUAAAGUCCGCUGCAAACGCCCACCCCAGCGGGUCCAUACUAUUUUCGUCUUUUUCAGGUCAAUAUACUGUAAAAGCAGAAAUUUUCGGUGGUGUUUUAUUUUCGCUAACUUCGGUGCCAACAAUUUUUACCGAAAAUAAAACGCACCGAAAAUUUCGGUACAACCGAUACUGUAUACAUGUAGUACACUUACCUGGAGAACGGGGUUUACCGAAAAUUUCCCUCUACCGAACCGCCGAUUUUGGAGAAUACCGAAAAUAUUACACCACUGAAAAUUUCUGCUUUUACAGUAGUUGUAGAAAACUGGCAUGAAUGUCGAAUGCGUACGAGAACAACUAUAAUGCCUACAAACUGCCUAUGUCUUACCAAGAGGCUCCGCAAAAGCGAUUGUCAUGAUCUUGCUGCAAAGAAAAAAAACGUCGGUCGAGAUUUCCUUUCAUACGAUGAAUGGGUCGUCUUUGUGAUUAGUUCAUUCUCCAUGAAGUAAUGCCGUAGAAUCCAUCUGGUUUUCAAAUCAUGAAAUUUCUGCAGUGCCACGAAUCCCCCCCCCCCCCCCCCGGCCCACGAUGUCGCGCUUCCAGAAUGGAAGGGUGAUUGUUCUGACGAAGCGUCAUUUAACGACUUGACAGGUCGCAGUAUUGCAGUUGCAAGUCGAACAGGGGGGCGGGGGGUGUCACAGAAGCUACACCUACAAAGUCGCUGCUAACUAACUUGUUGAAAACUCUGAAGUGCUCGAGAAAAACCCUUGUCAUUGCGCUUUGCGUGAUUAGGAAAUGAUGCAUCGAUGGCUUGAAACACUCAGAAGUGUAUUUGGUUCCUGCAAUAGACUGUUCUUCGCUACCUUGCUAUUAAGACUGAAAUCGAAGUAACUCCCGUUUGGAUUUGCGAAAUAAAACAACCAACAUAAAAUCACUAGGAGCUAGCUCGUAACUAGUGCCCAAAAACAUUUUGAAACCAGGAAAGUGGACAUAGUUUACCGUAGCCAAGCGCUCCUCGCGCCACGGUGUGAGAUGCACUUUCGUACAGUAGGGGUGAAAGUGCAUGGGGUCAGUGCGUAUAGGCCAGCAGAUCUUGCAAAAAUGGGACGGGCGUUUGCAGCGGACUUUACGGUAGUACGCUAGGUGUGGAUGUGCGUGAUUGCACCUGCUUGACCAUUGAUUGGCUAUGCUUUUAAUCAAGUAUAUUGCGGUCCAGACGCCGGGUCUAGGCUUACCCCGUUCUAAUACUCUUUCACACUUUGCGUAUCUUAUGAUGACAGCCGCUUCUAGAUCACGCAGACCUGUGCGUGUAUGUGUGUGCGUGUACAAUCGCUGUUCCGCGCAGCGGACAAAGACUGAAGUCGCAGUUCAGCUGCAUGUUUAGCAAGUACUAUCGCUACUGCCGCUGCUUGCUGUUUUCUACAAUGUGUUAUAAUUAUCAUAGCAUGCUGCUGCUUUUAGUGAGAGGUUCUUUUGGUGCUCUUCUCCCAAACAGUGAACAUAUUCUCUACUCUGA